AUGUUCGAUGACUCGGACGGUGCGUCAUCUGAAGAUGAUAACUUCAGCACAUACGGUGAGUCUCCUAUCGAAGAAGACGAAGAUUCACCAACGCUACCUUCCAAGAAGAGAUAUCAGAACUUCUUGAUGAGCGAAUCUAAAGGGAAUCUGGAGGUUUUGAAGUUGGAGAUGUCGUCGUUAGACCUUGCGGUAGGACAACGAUACUUGACUAAAAAGCAUUUGAAGAGACGACUGAAACUUUUUACAGUGAGGCAUCAAUUUGAUUUUGAUGUAGAAAUAUCAAACCUGACAACAUACGUUGUUAAGUGUUGGGUUGAUGGAUGUACAUGGAGAGUUCGUGCAUCUACCGAAGGAUUGUCCCCGCAGUUUUAUAUUCGUAUUUACGACUCGGAUCAUGCAUGUUCUGUAACUGAGCGUUCUAAUCGAUCUCGAAAUGCAACACCGGAUAUUUUAGGAGAGUUGUACAAGAACUUUCUCGGCGACGUUGGUCCGGCCGUUCGCCCUGAGAGUGUCGGAAUAGCUAUCACUAAGCAGUUUGGUGUAAAGAUGGAAUAUUGGAAAUCACACGGGACGCUUAAAUGUGCAAGGGAAAUCGAUGAGGGCACACCUGAGUGUGGUUUUGAACUCUUGCCUUCUUACUUAUACAUGAUAAGAAGGGCAAAUCCGAAUACAGUUACGCGUCUUCAAAUCGAUGAGCUUGGAAAAUUCAUGUAUGUGUUUCUUGCGUUUGGUGCGAGCGUUAAUGGGUUUCCUUUCAUGCGCAAAGUUGUUGUCGUCGACGGUACGUUUCUCAAUGGUAAAUAUAAAGGGACGCUACUCACAGCACUAGCUCAGGAUGGUAACUUUCAGAUUUUUCCAAUAGCCUUCGCAGUGGUUGACACUGAAAAUGAUGAUUCGUGGAAUUGGUUUUUUACGCAACUAAAAGUGUUGAUUCCUGACCAGGAGGGUCUUGCGAUAAUAUCAGAUAGGCAUAACUCGAUAGGGAAAGCAAUUACAAAUGUGUAUCCGUUAGCUGCUCGUGGAAUAUGCACCUAUCAUUUGUAUAAAAACAUAUUGGGACGGUACAAAGGAAAAGAUGUAUUUCGACUGGUGAAGAAAGCGGCGAGAUGUUUUAGAAUGUCUGACUUUGAUAUGAUUUUCGAGGAGAUUGAAGCACUUAAUCCUGAUCUCCACGGCUACCUCGAAAGAGCUGAUGUCAGCCGUAUUUUUCCACACACUUGA